CUGAGUCGUGCGAGGAGAACAGUAGAGAACGCAUUUGGUAUUUUGUCCGCCAGAUUUAGAGUUUUACGAGCUACAAUAUCAUUAGAUCCAGAAAAAACUACUACUUUAAUUAUGACAUGCGUGUUACUGCAUAAUUUUCUAAGAAAAACAGGAUCGAGCAUGAUUUACGCUCCAUCUCAAUACUAUGAUAGCGAAGACGAAAUAACUGAUGAUGGGAGAGAAAUAAGAAAAGAAUUCGCUGAAUAUUUUUCAAAUGAAGGGUUAUUGGACUGGGCAUCUAAAUACUAUUAA